AUGGCGGACAACAACGGCGACUUCCAGCUUUCGGCCAGCCUGGCUGGCCACGACAAGGAUGUUCGUGCUGUCUGCUUUCCUGCCCCGGGCAGCGUCUUCACGGCCUCCCGCGACUGCACCGUCCAGGCCUGGCACGAGUCCGUGGCGAGUCCGCCCACAUACUCGGCAACGCUGCUGGCACAGGCACCUUACUCGUUCAACUCGUUGGCUUACCUCCCGCCGUCUGAAGCGCGGCCCCAGCACCCACACGGGCUCGUUCUCGCCGGCAGCCAGGGCCACACGAUCGAGGUGCGGCAACCCGAGUCGAACGUGUCGGAGCCCCGCGUGGCCCUGCUUUCAGGCCACGGCAGCAACGUGUCGACUAUUGACGUAUCUCCGAGCGGUGACUUUGUCGUCUCGGGCGACUGGGACGGCAGGGUGAAGCUGUGGAGCACAGAAACAUGGGAGCUGCAGCUGGACCUGCCCGGACCGGACCUCAGCGACAAACAGAGGGCGAUCUGGGCCGUGCUCGCGUACAGCGACAAUAUUGUGGUCACAGGCUCGGCCGACCACGUCAUCCGCGGAUACACGCUGCAGGGGUCGCACAACGGCGGCGAGCUCAGGGCCGGGGUGGUGAUCCGCACGCCCGACGUGGUGCGAGCGCUGAGCCGCGUGCGCAAGCAUGCCGGCGGCGCCAAGAUUGCGAGUGCCGGCAACGACUUCUUGAUUCGGCUGUGGCAGUUCAACGGCACCGAGGUCGGCGUGCUGCACGGCCACGACAGCUUCAUCUACGCGCUGGACAGCCUGCCGACCGGCGAGCUGGUCAGCUCCAGCGAGGACCGCACCGUACGCAUCUGGAGAGACACGUCCUGCAUCCAGACCAUCACGCAUCCGGCGCUGUCUAUCUGGUCGGUGUCGGUGUGCCAGCAGACGGGCGACUUUGCCACCGGUGCCAGCGACAGCGUGGCUCGCAUCUUCACGCGGAGCCGUGACCGCAUCGCCGCUCCGGUCGUGCUGCAGGAGUUCCGGGAAGCUGUCCAGCACUCCGCCAUUCCGCAGCAGCAGGUCGGCGACGUCAAUGCGAGCACACUGCCUGGACCGGACUUUAUCGAGACCAAGUCCGGCACGAAGGAGGGUCAAACGGUCAUGAUCAACUCGGGAGGCGGCAACAUCAGCGUGUACCAGUGGUCUAAUCAAUGGCUCCUUGUCGGCACCGUGGUGGACUCGUCCGCUACAGAGGCAGAAAGUGCAGCAGACAACACCUUCACGCUGGACAUGGCACCACCCGCCGGCGAAACGCCGCCAAAGCCGAGCAUCAGCCAUCCGCUAGGCACGCAAGCAGUGUUUGCCACUCUGCUUCAGAGCAAUUUUGCCCCCGUUCUCAAGCGAAUCAACACGGUGAACAGCACUCUCAGCGACGGAUCUACGCUGGAUGCCGACCAGCUGGCGAAGCUAGACCAUUUGGUGCAGACUCUGAGCAAGGAAGUGCCCCAGAUACCCGCAGCAGUGCCAGCAACGGCGCGACCGACGACGAAGACCUUUGACCUCGACGCCGACUCGGUGACGCUGGUUCUCCGACUGGCCACGACAUGGCCGUAUAAGGACCGGCUGCCUAGCCUCGAUCUGCUGCGGUGCAUGGCCGCAUCGCCGUCCGUGGCCGAAUUCAGCGACGGCGAGGGUCACAGCGUGCUGGAUGCGCUACUGCCGAGCAUCCUCGCCUUCCCGGCCGAUGCCAAGACGGGCCUACCACAGGAUGCAAAGGCGGCUGAAAAUAACAGCAUGAUGGUGCUACGGCUGCUGACUAAUCUCUUCGUCACCGCUGCUGGCCAGCAGCUGGUGGCCAAGAACGCCGAACGCGCCGUGGGCUUCCUCUCGGACGUGCUCGACUGCAGCGGGCACAAGAACCGCAACCUGAUGGUAGCGCUGGCCUCGGCAGCAAGCAACAUGGCGGCGUUUGCGCUGCGGGAACACGAGGCGACGAGUCAGUCAGCCUUUGGCGGAGACACGCUGGCCAGGCUGAUCAAAGUGCUGGCAGUACCGGUCUUGGAUCUGGCCGACGGUGAGGUGGUGUACCGGUCGCUGGUGGCGCUGGGCAACCUGGCCAGCAUACCGGGCGGCGACUACGCGCAUCGCCUGCGCACGGCUGGGGCGAAGUCGUGGAUCAGCGCGGCGACGGACAAGAUCAAAGAAGAGAGAAUAGGGUCGAUCGGAGAGACCAUUCUCCAGCUGCUGUGA